UGUGCAGAGCGUACUGCGCAGGCGCGCUUAACCGCAGCUGUUGGGUCGCAGAGGAGUCGAGCAGACAUGGCGGCCAGGGCGCAGCCCUUGGGUGUGGAGUCCGCGGGAUCCUUAGACCAGGCCCCAGGGCCCAAGGGGACUGGAGGGCAGCAUGUGUCCACACAGAAAAUUGAAGACUUGAUGGAAAUGGUGAAAAAGUUGCAAAAAGUGGGAAGCCUAGAGCCUCAGAUUGAGGUCCUGAUUAACCGGAUAAAUGAAGUUCAGCAAGCAAAAAAGAAAGCCAGUGAGGAGCUUGGAGAGGCUCAGACGGUCUGGGAUGCGCUGCAGAAGGAACUGAACUCAUUGCAUGAAGAGAAAGCACGCCUGAAGGACAUACUGAGCAAAAAGCAAGAAACUCUAAGGAUCAUCCAGCUGCACUGUCAGGAGAAGGAAAGUGAGGCACAAAGGAAGCACAACUUGUUGCAGGAUUGCAAGGAGAGGAUUUCUGACCUUAACUCCCAGAUUGAAGACAAGAAGGAUAAACUGAGACAGCUCAGGUUGGAUUUCGAGGAACAGCUAGAGGCUCUGAUGAGCGAGCACAAAGACCUCUGGGAAUUUCAUAGACCGGAACAGCUGGCAAGAGAGAUCUGUUCCCUGGAUAGCAGCAAGGAGCAGCUUCUCAAGGAAGAGAAGCUUAUUGAAGUGAAGUUGGAGGAUGUGAAGCAUCGGCUCUGUGCACUGUGUGGACCUGAAGGACCCUCCACUCUCAGUGAAGGACUCUUUCUCCGCAGCCAGGAGGCAGCAGCAGCAAUGCUGAUGUUCAAUGAGGAGAAUGAGAAGGCUGAGGAGCUCUUGGAGGCUGCAGCUCACCACCACCAGCAACUGCAGCAGAGGUGCCGUGAGCUGCAGCAGCAGCGGCAAAGGCUGAAAGAGGAGCUGGAAAGGCACAGGCUACAGGUCCCUGCUCAAGCACAGAACAUGCAAGAGGAAGGGGACAGAUUAUGGAAAGUGGCUAGUCCCAAGGCUGUAGAAGUUAGCGAGGAGAAAGAACAGGAGCCAUCCACCAAGCAGAGCCUGAUACUCUCCUAGGCUCGGAGGACACAUCAAACCCAAACACAUCACAUGGAAAUUUAUGAAAUAAAAGCUUGAUUUUGUUA